UUUUUUUUUUUGUGUUUCAUUCGCCAUCUCGUUUUCUGGCUUUCGUCUGGAUUUUCAGCAUCUUGUCAAGUUUCUGCAGUCCACAAACACCCGACACACACCCGACACACACGCACAACAGAGACGCACACAGCCGACAACAGACAACAAGGCCAGGGGAUGAUGCGCGGUGGCGUCAGGCGACAGACGGCUUGGAUGGCUGCUGUUGCUGCUGUUGCUGCAGUGACGGCCUUGCUCGCACUUGUCUCGGGCGUGGCGGUUGCCGCUCCGACGCAGGCCCUCGGCUCAUACAACUACACGCAAGUGCUCGAGAUGUCGCUGCUCUUCUACGAGGCUCAACGCGCAGGGAAGCUGCCAGCCAACAACCGCAUUCCAUGGCGCGGAGACACCUUCUUGUACGAGAAGGGCACUUCGAACGAGGACCUCACUGGUGGCUACAUGGACGCCGGCGAUCAUAUCAAAUUCUCACUACCGAUGGCCUUUUCGGUCACAAACCUCGCGUGGGGCCUUCUCGACCAACCGGCGGGCUACCAACAGGCGGGCCAAGUCGCCUACAUUCGCGAUGCCAUCAAAUGGGGCACAGACUACUUUAUCAAGUGCCAUGUCAGCCCCAACUCGCUCUACAUUCAAAUUGGCAAUCCUGACGAUGAGCACCAGCAAUGGAUGGCGCCCGAGACUCGAACCAAUGCGCGCCCGACCGUUAUGAUUAAUCCUUCGUCGCCCGGUGCCGAUGUCGCGGGCGAGGUAGCGGCUGCCCUUGCAGCUGCCUCCAUGGUGUUUCAGAGCGUCAAUGCGACGUACGCUGCGCAAUGCUUGACGCAUGCUCAGCAACUCUACACCUUUGCCAAGACGUAUCCAAACAAGUAUUCCAACUCUUUCUACCCGUCUUCAGACUACAAGGACGAACUUGCGUGGGCUGCGCUUUGGCUGUACCGCGCCACCAACACGGCGGGCUACUUCACCGAUGCUACAACGUUUGCAACAUCCAACACACCGUGGAGCUACAGCUGGGACCUGAAGGACGCAGCUGUGUGGGCGCUCACCUAUCGGCUCGCGCCAGCUUCAUCGAACGCCCAGGCUUCCGCCGUUGAGAGUUUCUUGAAUGGAUGGCUCCCCGGCGGUGGCGCAGUACCAUACACUCCCAAGGGACUUGCGUAUCGCAGUGACUGGGGCGUUCUCACCCUGGCAACCAAUGUGGCUUGGAUUGCCAUGUUCCACGCCCAAUCCAGAACGCUGAACGGCCGCACGACAGGCACCUCUUCACAGUCGUAUGUUGACUUUGCCAUCAACCAGUUGCACUAUGUGAUGGGCAGCAGUGGCCGCAGCUUCAUUGUUGGCUUUGGAACAAACCCACCGAAGCAAGCACACCACGCCGGUGCGUCGUGCCCCCUCUACUCAACCAACGUUCCGUGCGGCUGGGAUGUCUUCAACGCCAACACACCAAAUACCCACAUCAUUUAUGGAGCGAUUGUCGGUGGUCCAGACCAGAAUGAUGCUUACAGCGACGUUCGUUCCAAUUAUCAGCAGGCCGAGCCUGCUUGCGACCACAACGGCCCCUUCUCCAGUGCUGUUGCGUACCUUGUUGCGCUCCAAGCCGGAAAUCCUACCGUUGUUGCACCCACGACUGGUGCAGCUGUUGCCACCUCGACCGGGCCGGCUCCCGGGCAGACCACUGGCUCCAAUCCGGCACCUCCAGUCCCUGGCUCUUCCGCAGCCGCACCAGCAGGCAUUGCUGUCACUUCCGUCUUCCCCAUUGAAUCUCGUGCGCUCGAUGUCUACACGGAUGCUUUGAAUUCUGCUUUGGCCAUCUGGGGCUGGUGCGACACGAUCAACCCGAAUUCCAACACGUACUCACGAUCGGGAACUUCGAUUGCGGCAACGUGCGGCUCCUGGCAAGCAGUUUCCAUCAAUUGCCAAAACCCACCAUGCAUGAGCGCAGACUCGUACACGGAUUUAGUCUUCUGGAUGAAUGGCGGACCUUCUGGCGGGCAGAACUCGAUUCAACUGCAAUUCAUCUCUCAGGUUCCGAGCAGCAGCACUCAAAUUGGCACGAGAGUCGUGCUGACGAGCGAUUCAGAUCCACUCUUGGCCAACACUUGGCGGAGAUUCGAGGUGAACCUGGCUGCGGCUGGAAUCACCGGCCGGUUUGAUGGAUUUUGGAUUUGGAACACUCAAAACCCCUCCACUCCGACUUUCUACAUUGACGACAUGUACUUUGAACUGGUCACUAGCGCCACCAGUGUCUACAACAUCCCCGCCAACACGCUGCUGCCAGCACUUUCCGCGUCGUCGGUGCUGUCCGUAUCGGCGCUUUCCGCAUCGUCUGCGUCGGCGGCUUCGGCUUCAGCAGCCUCCGUUUCGGCCAGCUCAGCGUCCAUCAAAUCCGUGUCGUCCGUGCGUGCAGCGGCAUCCACGUCGGCUUAUUCGGCCUCUGUCAGUUCCGCAUCCCGCAUGUCAGUUGCGUCUGUCGCAUCUGCUUCAGCUGUCUCGGCUUCUGCUGCUUCAGUGGCCGCGGUGGCAUCCGCCGUCUCUGCUUCUGUUGCUUCCGUUGCCGCGGUGGCAUCGGCUGUCUCAGUUUCUGCCGCCUCGGCUUCUAUCGCAGCCAUUUCGUCGGCAACGCCCGAGGUGGAUUCAAGCGCGCUGGCCGCGCAAUCCUCGGCUUCUGUUGCAUCAGCCUUCCGCGUAUCGACGUCGUCAGUGGUGCGGGCCUCGGUACUGUCCGUGUCCUCUGUCUCUGCUGCCUCUGCUGCAUCCGUUUCGCAAGUCUCCGUGUCGGCGCUCUUGGCGAGUGUUUCAUCUGCUAGCGCCGUGUCCGCAUCUGCUGCAAGUGCUUUGUCCGCGUCUGCCAAAAGCGCUUCGUCCGCAUCUGCUCAAAGUGCAGCAAGCUUGUCGUCUGCAUCUGCUCGAAGUGCCGCAAGCGUGUCGUCUGUAUCUGCUCAGAGUGCUGCAAGUUUGUCGUCUGUGUCUGUCAAGUCUGCCCGAGAACAGUCGGCAGCGUCAGUGGCCUCCGUUGUGGCUGCAGCGUCCGCCAACUCUGUGGCUUCUGUCCAAUCCGCCCUAUCCGCUUCCAUCGCUGCAGCGACUUCGACUGCUUUCGUUGCAGCCGACCCUGCGAGCAGCGGUGCCAGCUCUCCUGUUGGUAUCAUUGCGGGAAUUGUGGUCGCCUUGCUCGUGGUCGUUGCUGUUGCUGUGGCGCUCGUCAUCCGCCGACGUCGCUGUCAACAGUCUGGGAUGCCGAAAGGUCCCUCCACGAUGGAACUCGUGGCUCCGAUGCAGGCGCAUGCCAAGCCACUUUCAAAGCACAAACCACCUCCCGAGCCCAUCUAUUCGUCGCCGGAUUCCGCCUCAGCAAGCCAAGAGGGCAUGUAUCAGGUUCCCGCAGACUUCCGACCUUCGAUGAGCGAUGUGUACUAUGCACCGGCAGAUGCUAGUCAGAUUGAUGCAGACGUGUACAGCGCUCCCUCGGACGCUUACCCAGGCGACGAUACCUAUUAUUCGGCUGCUGCUGGUGCCGCCAGUCCCGUGUACACCUCGCCUGUCGAUACGGUCUCUGGCGGUGGCUACGCAGUUCCCGACCAAAAGAAGCCCCCAAGCAGCGAGUACGCGACUCCCACAACCAAGCCAAAGCCAAAGCCGGUGUCCAGCAAUCGUGCGGGUCCUGUCAAACCCACGCCUUUGCCAAGACCCGAGGCCUUGUACGCGAUGGUCAACAAACCCAAGAAGCCGGCCGCGCCAAACAGAGAGAGCUUUGCGUAGAGGUGUUUGUUUUGGGUUUCUUGUAUUAGCGUUUGCUUUGCUUUUUUGUUUGUUUUUGGACUGCCAAGCGUUUACAGCUUUUGGCAUCCACAGGCGGUGCUCCUUGUUGCAUAUCCCCUGCAUUGUUAUUGCAUUGUGACGUGUGCAUGUUGUGUUGUGCCUGAAGGUUGCGUGCGACCCUCUUGGUUUCAUAACAGCGCAUUUUUCGAAUUGGAA